UGCAGUAUACCAAAAAGCUCAACCAGCCCAUAUAUGAGUUUCUGCAAACCCUAGAUAACUCGUCCGCCACAAUCACUGGCAUUGCUACCAACAGACCAACACACGUUUUAAUAGUUUUCCUCAUCGCCGUCUUCUCACCUACCUUGGUCUCUUAGCUUUUACCCUACUUCAACCAGCACAACAUGGAUCGUCGUCCUCAUGCACAGUCACUAGUACCGCCGGCACCAAUAUCAAGUAGUGCACCGGAACCUCCGCAACGCCUACGCCGCAGGCUGCAAAAGAAGUUCCUGUCCAUCCGACGUCCUGCACCUAUCGACCCAGUAGCAUCAAACAAACUCAAUACCGGGGUGGCAUUAGCUGCCCAGCAAGCCGGAACCAUCGGCCAACCUUCCCUGCGUUUGUCACCAGACCUCAGCGACGCAAAAUGGCACGCAUAUCUCGGAGACAGCAACGCUGUUCAAGAAUCAAAACCAAAAUCAAAACCCCAAACUACCAGACCAAGGACGCCGGAGAAACCACGAAAAGUCUCAUUCGAUACACCAGCGCCGGCCAUCAUUCCAGAGUUCUCGCACCUUGCUGUCAGCAAUUUGACACCGAGACCGUCUCUCGACAGCUCACUCAGCUCACCGACCUCGUCCAUCAGCACGAGAUCGAGCAUGAGACGCCAGGCAAAGACGCCCAUCUAUGCCAUCGGCCAACUGGAGAACGCAAGCUAUGGGAGGAGUGCCAAAACCGCCGAAAAAGUUACCAGCGUCGACCUGAUUGCGAACCAGUACCGGGAUCUCCUCGAGACACAGGACGCCAGCUCAAUAUGUACCGACGCCCAUUCUGAUCCUUUCCCAUCGCGACAGUCGCUGCACAGCCAAAUUUCCUCCUCCUCCACCACACGGUCACGCCACAGCGCCGGCGAGACACCCGCAGAGCUCCGGCGAGACAUCUUUUCGCCGGCACCGGCGCCUUUACGCCGUGCAUCGGCGGCGUACCCUAGGUCACCCAGGUCCGACGAUGGAACACUAGUUGCGUUUGACGAGGAAGCCAUCUACUUCAAGCCCAUGUCAUUUUCACCAGAACCACCGUCGACACCCCCGCCCCCGCCGCGGAAUCGCGCCCGACUGAACCGCAAUUCGCACUCGCAAGGGGGAUCGAGCCAGAACUUGAGCUUGCAGAUCGCCAUGGACCUCUUGACCCGUGAACUCUCGACAAGCAUGUUGGACAAUUCGCACAAGACGGGAACAGACGUCUCGUCUCUUCAAGUUUGGGUAAUGAUCGAAGCCUACGAGAGGUUGAGGGAUCAGGUCCUGGAAGCGAGGAGGCAAACAGAUGAGUCGCAGAAUCUGGAGACCGUGUUCGACACUUGGUUGAAGGCUCUAUAUACCCUUCACGACCAAAUGACCAGUGACGCGGCAUCUCGUGGGAGCAACUACGAUUAGGACGGAGGGCGGAUGAUCUACUAUUAGUCUCCAGGAACGGGUACACCCGCAUGGUUAGGGGAACGGCGUUGGAAUAGGUUCGGACAUGGCAUGUCUGAGAAAGGUACCUCAAGGAAUCAAAACAUCAGUAUCAAAUUUCAGUACCAGUAUCAGUCUGGAAGUAAAAGGUUCUCAAGUCAAUGAGGUGUGUGUUAGAAACUUGAUAUUGUCAAAGGAAGCGAGGUAGAUGAGUAACCCCACCAGUUUGACAGUUUUGCUGAGGUGCCGAAUUCGAUGUCAUCAUUAAUUUCCCUUUGGGGCGUGGACCGCUGUAAUGGAUCCAUUUUGCCGGCCCCAAGCAGGUGGGUUCAACCAGCCUUAGGUACCCCGCCAAAGGUAAGGGACGUUUCCAGGGCAAGGUCCAUAGCUUCCGCAGACGCGAC